AUGCAGUUGAGGCGAUAUCCGAGAAUGGAACAGGAGAAUUUUGAGGAAAUCCCCUCGGGGAUCAGGCAACCCUGGGAGCACUCAAAGUACUUCGAUAAACUGAAGAGUCCGUGUUGCAAUCAAGGGGUAUAUAAGGAGCACGAGAGGUGGAACACUUUACCGUUUUACGGAAACCCACAUCAGCCUGUGUUUUUUGUGGCUAGACUCGCCCUGCUGAGUGAGCCACCAAUGCACAAGCAAAUUCUCUUCGUGCUUGUGAUCUUGACAGUCACCGGCGCCUACGCAGGUCCCGUGGCUGGCAGAUCCAGGACGCAAUGCACUUCAUACUGCCAAGAAACUGGAAAGUUCCAGUACUCCCCGGGAACGACAUACGUAUAUGGCUACGAAUCUGAGGUGACAUCGAGCGCUGGAGGGGAAACCUCUCCCCCAAUCCAUCUUUCGACCAAGGCUGAAAUCACGGCUAUCACCGCUUGCGAGUUCUCUCUUCAGCUGCGGGACGUGCAGCUCUCCGGAGAGAAUGGGGAACAGCUGGAGCGGGAAUUGGAGAAGAGACCGCUGCGAUUUGCCUUCCAGGAUGGCAAAGUGGAGGCUCUCUGCCCCAACGAUCAGGACUCUUCCCUUGUCCUGAACAUCAAGAAAGCCGUCGUCUCCCUCUUCCAAAACUCAAUGCAGGAACUGGACAAAGAACAUACCGUCUCUGAGACGGACGUGGCAGGCCACUGCGAGACGAAGUACACAGUGACUGGAAACAGCUGGGGCAGCAUCACCAUCAACAAGCAGAAGGAACUCGACACCUGCACGGGUCGACCCCGACCCCUUGCACCCCUUCUCAGCACCCAGCACUCCCGUCUUGGAUCCCUCCCAAUCCUCAAGAGCUCGCACGAGUGCGAGCAGCAGAUCCGGAACCAGAGAUUGGAGAAGGCGACAUGUCGUGAGGUCCAUGUCUUCAACCCAAUGGAUACCGAAGAAGGACGAGUGGAGACAACAUCAGUCCAUUCCAUUGUCUAUAAGACCGAGAGACCCGCUGAAGAUUCUGGAUUUGACAUGAUCGGAAAGCAGACAACGCUGUUGUUCGAGCACGAUCAAAAGUCAAGAGGCGAAGGAGAGGAGGAUCGGGCGCUGCAGCUGAUCGCUGACCUCGAGGUAACCACCUUGAUCUCAGCCCAGAAGGAUUCUCCGGCCAUGUUUGGACAACUCCUGGCAACACUGCAGGACUUGGACGUCCACCAACUCCGAAACGUCUAUGAGGAAGCUGCUAAGACCGAAAGAAGCAGGAAGAUCAUGAGAGAUGCUUUGGGACACCUGUCCACGACAGCGGCCAUUUCUCUCGUCCGAGACCUCAUCAUCACUGGGAAAAUGUCCGAUCUCGAAGCCGACUCCUGGCUCACAUCCUUGGCCUUCAUCAACCGACCCACCGAAGACAUGAUCGCCGCCUCAGUGUCCGCGGCGGAACUUUGGUGGGACCCUCGGCGGACGGCCCCUUCCUCCAAGGAACACAAGACCAUCAUCAUGGCCACUCUCAAGGCCAUCGGAAAUGCCGGCGUCAAGCUCUCUGACCCUAACACACUCGUCUUGUGCGCCAAGGAGGAGAAUCCGAUGGAAGUACGUGUGGCAGCAUUGGAUGCCUUCAGAAGGCUUCCUUGUCAAUUCGAAACCCAGAGACCACUUCUUGAGGUCUACAAGGAUACCAUGCAGGACUCUGAACUCAGGAUUGCUGCCUAUUUGACCUUGAUGAAAUGCCCAACCACCUCGGUCGUUGACUCUGUCAGAGAUGCUCUCGAGUCCGAACCAGUCAACCAAGUCGGCUCUUUCGUCUGGACCCACCUGACCAACAUCCAAGAGAGUUCUGACCCUAGCAAACAAUAUGCCCGAGACCUCCUGGCCUCCGAAUUCCUCCAGAACAAGUUCAACACCGACGCAAGGAAGUUUUCUCGAAACUUCGAGGGAUCCUUCUUCUCUGACGCCCUUGACAUGAUCGGAAAGCAGACGACGCUGUUGUUCGAGCACGAUCAAAAGUCAAGAGGCGAAGGAGAGGAGGAUCGGGCACUGCAGCUGAUCGCUGACCUCGAGGUAACCACCUUGAUCUCAGCCCAGAAGGAUUCUCCGGCCAUGUUUGGACAACUCCUGGCAACACUGCAGGACUUGGAUGUCCACAAACUCCGAAACGUCUAUGAGGAAGCUGCUAAGACCGAAAGAAGCAGGAAGAUCAUGAGAGAUGCUUUGGGACACCUGUCCACAACUGCGGCCAUUUCUCUCGUCCGAGACCUCAUCAUCACUGGGAAAAUGUCCGAUCUCGAAGCCGACUCCUGGCUCACAUCCUUGGCCUUCAUCAACCGACCCACCGAAGACAUGAUCGCCGCCUCAGUGCCUCUUCUCGACGAACCAGUCCGACAACAAGCUCUCCUGGGCGUCUCUGCCAUGGUCCACCGCUUCUGCAGAGAAGAACCCGGAAAAUGCGACGCCUCCGAACCAGUGAAUCGCAUCAGGCGCCGCCUUGAAACCACCCUGGGAGCCGCCUGCCGUCCUUCUUCCAAGGAACACAAGACCACUAUACUGGCCACUCUCAAGGCCAUCGGAAAUGCCGGCGUCAAGCUCUCUGACCCCACCACCCUUGUCUUGUGCGCCAAGGAGGAGAAUCCGAUGGAAGUACGUGUGGCAGCAUUGGAUGCCUUCAGAAGGCUUCCUUGCCAAUUCGAAACUCAAACACCCCUUCUUGAGGUCUACAAGGAUACCAUGCAGGACUCUGAACUCAGGAUUGCUGCCUAUUUGGCCUUGAUGAAAUGCCCAACCACCUCGGUCGUUGACUCUGUCAGAGAUGCUCUCGAGGCCGAACCAGUCAACCAAGUCGGCUCUUUCGUCUGGACCCACCUGACCAACAUCCAAGAGAGUUCUGACCCUAGCAAACAAUAUGCCCGAGACCUCCUGGCCUCCGAAUUCCUCCAGAACAAGUUCAACACUGACGCAAGGAAGUUCUCUCGAAACUUCGAGGGAUCCUUCUUCUCUGACGCCCUUGGUGCCGGCGCCCAGGCGGAGAGCAAUGUCAUCUUCUCGACCCGAAGCUUCGUUCCUCGAUCCGCAAGCCUUAACCUCACUGUCCAUCUAUUUGGGGAGUCUGUGAAUCUGUUGGAUGUCGGAGGACGUGUGGAGGGGCUGGAGCCUCUGCUCGAGAAAUUCUUUGGUCCUGAUGGAGCCAUGCCGGAAGAGAAGGUCGCCGAGGCUCUGCAAGCCUUCAGGUUCAAGAGGGACACAGCCGAUGACAUCUACAAAGCAGCUGACGACGACAGCCCCAAAGGAUCUGCAUUUCUCAGAGUAAGCCUACCAGAUUUCACUCUGGAAAAAAUCGGCAGGGCCAAAUGCUUGAGCAAGACUUUUUCUCUAGGUGUUCGGAAACGAAAUCGCCUACAGCCGAUUCGAGGAUAUGGAAGAUCUGAACAACAAGAUGACCGGACUCAACCCCUUCGGAGUCCUUCACAUGCUGACCAGUGGCCAGGACAUGGACGUGACCAAGCACAUGCGAUUCCUCAACAUCCACCUCACCAUCCCCUUGGGCAACGGCUUCACAACAAGAUGGCCGGACUCAACCCCUUCGGAGUCCUUCACAUGCUGACCAGUGGCCAGGACAUGGACGUGACCAAGCACAUGCGAUUCCUCAACAUCCACCUCACCAUCCCCUUGGGCAACGGCUUCCCCUUGACCUUGGGAGUUAACGGGACCGCCACCGUUCGCCUUAGGGCGCAUGGAAACGCCGACUUCAAGGAAUGGAAUCUAGGCAAUGUCCAUCUCCAGGGAGAAAUUACACCAAGCGCAACGGUGGAGAUGAACGGAGUAAUGCGAGUGGAAGUAUCCCCAGGGAUGGAAUCCGGUGUGGCUUUCACCAGUCGCCUCUUCACGUCCACAUUUGCAUCUGGCCGAGUCGACAUCAAGGGCCGGAAACUGGUCUCCCUUCGUAUCGACUCUCCUGAGAAGAAGGUCGACAUUUUGGAAGUAACGUCCGAAGUCAAGAUGUUGGGGAAGAAGCACGACACGACAGCCGUUGGUGUGAAUACGAGGAAGAGCUGCACGGGCCCCGUCACCUCAGACCCCUUGGGAAUGGAGAUCUGCGCUGAGAUCCAAUACCCUGAUACCAUCUUCAAGGGGCCUUACAGUGCGUCCAUCUACAUGGACAAGACUGACUCCAUCGAAUAUUACAUCUUCGAAUACCGUUACGAUGAUCAGGACGCUGGAACACAAGGGAGGGUUUAUUCAGGCAGUGUGAAGGUGGAUACACCCGGAAGUGCCAUCGAUCGACGAAUUGGAGUUUACUACACCUGGGAUCAGCCAGCCAGGCUCGUCAAGGCCACGUUCCACUCACCGAUUACUACCUUGGGCGCCAUCGCCAAGUAUUCGAACGACGAAGGGAUCCGAUCCGUAGAUGUGAGCUUCUUGACCAACGGCGAUGAAGCGAUGACAAUGACCGCAGGGCUGAAGACGAGCAAGGAUGGACGCGGGAUGCGAUACGAGCCCACCUUCAACCUCCGCUUUGGGGAGAACAAUCCCGAGGAGAAUCCGAUGGAAGUACGUGUGGCAGCAUUGGAUGCCUUCAGAAGGCUUCCUUGUCAAUUCGAAACCCAGAGACCACUUCUUGAGGUCUACAAGGAUACCAUGCAGGACUCUGAACUCAGGAUUGCUGCCUAUUUGACCUUGAUGAAAUGCCCAACCACCUCGGUCGUUGACUCUGUCAGAGAUGCUCUCGAGUCCGAACCAGUCAACCAAGUCGGCUCUUUCGUCUGGACCCACCUGACCAACAUCCAAGAGAGUUCUGACCCUAGCAAACAAUAUGCCCGAGACCUCCUGGCCUCCGAAUUCCUCCAGAACAAGUUCAACACCGACGCAAGGAAGUUCUCUCGAAACUUCGAGGGAUCCUUCUUCUCUGACGCCCUUGGUGCCGGCGCCCAGGCGGAGAGCAAUGUCAUCUUCUCGACCCGAAGCUUCGUUCCUCGAUCCGCAAGCCUUAACCUCACUGUCCAUCUAUUUGGGGAGUCUGUGAAUCUGUUGGAUGUCGGAGGACGUGUGGAGGGGCUGGAGCCUCUGCUCGAGAAAUUCUUUGGUCCUGAUGGAGCCAUGCCGGAAGAGAAGGUCGCCGAGGCUCUGCAAGCCUUCAGGUUCAAGAGGGACACAGCCGAUGACAUCUACAAAGCAGCUGACGACGACAGCCCCAAAGGAUCUGCAUUUCUCAGAGUGUUCGGAAACGAAAUCGCCUACAGCCGAUUCGAGGAUAUGGAAGAUCUGAACAACAAGAUGACCGGACUCAACCCCUUCGGAGUCCUUCACAUGCUGACCAGUGGCCAGGACAUGGACGUGACCAAGCACAUGCGAUUCCUCAACAUCCACCUCACCAUCCCCUUGGGCAACGGCUUCCCCUUGACCUUGGGAGUUAACGGGACCGCCACCGUUCGCCUUAGGGCGCAUGGAAACGCCGACUUCAAGGAAUGGAAUCUAGGCAACGUCCAUCUCCAGGGAGAAAUUACACCAAGCGCAACGGUGGAGAUGAACGGAGUAAUGCGAGUGGAAGUAUCCCCAGGCAUGGAAUCCGGUGUGGCUUUCACCAGUCGCCUCUUCACGUCCACAUUUGCAUCUGGCCGAGUCGACAUCCAGGGCCGGAAACUGGUCUCCCUUCGUAUCGACUCUCCUGAGAAGAAGGUCGACAUUUUGGAAGUAACGUCCGAAGUCAAGAUGUUGGGGAAGAAGCACGACACGACAGCCGCUGGUGUGAAUACGAGGAAGGGCUGCACGGGCCCCGUCACCUCAGACCCCCUGGGCAUGGAGAUCUGCGCUGAGAUCCAAUACCCUGAUACCAUCUUCAAGGGUCCUUACAGUGCGUCCAUCUACAUGGACAAGACUGAUUCCAUCCAAUACUACAUCUUCGAAUACCGUUACGAUGAUCAGGACACUGGAACGCAAGGGAGGGUUUAUUCAGGCAGCGUGAAGGUGGAUACACCCGGAAGUGCCAUCGAUCGACGAAUUGGAAUCUACUACACCUGGGAUCAGCCAGCCAGGCUCGUCAAGGCCACGUUCCACUCACCGAUUACUACCUUGGGCGCCAUCGCCAAGUAUUCGAACGACGAAGGGAUCCGAUCCGUAGAUGUGAGCUUCUUGACCAACGGCGAUGAAGCGAUGACAAUGACCGCAGGGCUGAAGACGAGCAAGGAUGGACGCGGGAUGCGAUACGAGCCCACCUUCAACCUCCGCUUUGGGGAGAACAAUCCCGUGGAUACACCCGGAAGUGCCAUCGAUCGACGAAUUGGAGUCUACUACACCUGGGAUCAGCCAGCCAGGCUCGUCAAGGCCACGUUCCACUCACCGAUUACUACCUUGGGCGCCAUCGCCAAGUAUUCGAACGACGAAGGGAUCCGAUCCGUAGAUGUGAGCUUCUUGACCAACGGCGAUGAAGCGAUGACAAUGACCGCAGGGCUGAAGACGAGCAAGGAUGGACGCGGGAUGCGAUACGAGCCCACCUUCAACCUCCGCUUUGGGGAGAACAAUCCCGUCGCCGCCUUCGAGGGAAGGCUGGACAUGCAGGAGGACAAAUACAGCAUGGAAUUCUCCCUCAGACAUCUUACAACCAGACCUAUCCUCAUCUCUGGUUCUGCUUACAAGAAUGAGGACCAGCUGAACCUCGAAGGGAAGAUCGACUCCUCGAUGGCGAACCUUAACGUCCAGGGCAGCGUAAAGAAGCAGGAAGGCAAAAAGAGCAUCCGCCUCAAUGGCGAGUAUUCACUCUUCCGAAGGGCGCCCGAGACAUUCUCUGUCUCCGGAAAGUACACCACGAACACGAAAGGAGCUCUGAGGGACCGAUCCCUCUUCUUGGACGUAAAGAGUAGCCAUCUGGAUGCCGCUAAUGUGGAGUUCGUCUGGAACGGCCAGGAAAGCCCCGGCCACACCGAAAACGACUUCAAGGUCCUGUACCUCGGCGAGGAAUGGAAGUUGGAACAGUAUUGGUCUCAUCAGCGGACAAGGGAACAGAAGGAUAUCAAUGCCAGAAUCACCCUCACUUCUCCCCAGAGAGGUUUCAGCACCUCCGUCACCUUUGAUCACAACGGAACUGAGAACAGCAAAGUUUCCAAAGCAGUUGGAAAGUGGAACGAACAUGAAAUUUCCUUCUCCAACGAGCACAUCACCGUCGACUCUCCCUGGAAGGUGAAAUCCCGAACGGAAAUCUCCCUCUUGGGAACCCUCCUCAGCCUUGACGGAACCGUGAAGGAAGACGGGAAGGGCAAGUACUCCGCCGAGAUCCGGGCAGCCAAGGAUGACCGCGAGGUCACUCUAACAGGCAGGUAUUCCGCCUUCAACACGGAGAUCGAGAUGAACCACGAAGUGGAUGCGGAACUCAGAUGGAACAGAGAGGAGACCCUAGGUUUCCAGGCCGCACUCAACAACAAAGGGAUGGAGACCGACUUCGUUGCAGCUGUGAGUCACAAGGGAAAGAAGUACGAGGUGAAGGCACACACGAACGUACAGAGCGAGAACUACAAGCUCGGGCUGGCUCUGAACGGACCGGGCAUGAAGUACGAGGCGGAAGGAAAUGCCGUCGUGCGACAACAGGAUGCCACCUUCGACGUCGAACUUCGAGGAGGCAAGAUCGUGACGGCUCACUUCGAGAUCGAUAACCGGAAUACAGAAGUGAUGACGGCCAAGUUCAACACCAUGUGGGACCGAGAAGGGGAUCCCAGCAAGAAAUUCGAGACUCGAUUCAAGGUGGAGAAGAACGGCGCCCGAAUUGAUGUGGAAUAUCCCGGACGAGUCGUAAAGUGA